AUGCGCCUCGUCCUCGCGCUCGCCGCGGUCGCGCGCGUGGGCCUCGCGCUCCAGUCGCACCCGAGACGCGCUCCGCGGCCCUGCCUCGCGAGAGCCGCCGCCGGCCCGCGACGAGCGGCGCCCCUGAACGUCGCCGCGGGCCUCGAGGCCGAGCCGCCGCUCGAGCAGCCGGCGGCGGACGGCGUCGCGCCCGCGAUCCGGGACCCGGCCAAGUACGGCGCGGAGCUGCGCAACGCCUACCAGCGCUGCGGGGAGAUCACGAAGAUCUUCAGCAAGACGUUCUACUUCGGCACGACCUUCUUCUCCGAGUCGAAGAAGACGGCGGUCUGGGCGAUCUACGUCUGGUGCCGGCGGACGGACGACAUCGUCGACUCGCCGCUCGCGGCCAUGCUCGGGCCCGAGCGCAUGACCGAGGAUUUGCGGCUCUGGAAGGAGCGCCUCGACAAGAUCUGGGUCGGCGAGCCCACGGACGCGUUGGACCUGGCGCUCGCGGACGCGAAGCGGCGGUACCCGGACCUGGACAUGGCGCCCUACGUGGACAUGAUCGACGGCAUGCUCAUGGACACGCCGGGCCACGAGAUCUUCCAGGACCGCUACGAGACCUGGGAGGAGCUCUACUUGUACUGCUACCGCGUCGCGGGCACGGUGGGGCUGAUGGUGCUGCCCGUGCUCGGCUGCGCGGAGGGCUACACGCUCGAGGAGUCCAUCCCGCCGGGCCUGAGCCUGGGCAUCGCCUUCCAGAUCACGAACAUCCUGCGGGACGUCGGCGAGGACGCGCUGCGGGGCCGCAUCUACCUCCCCCGGGAAGACAUGGCGAAAUUCGGCGUCACCGAGAAGCAGAUCAUGGACGGCAUCGUCGACGACAACUACAAGAACUUGAUCAAGUUCGAGAUCGACCGCGCCGAGGCCUACUACGUCGAGGCGCGCACGGGCAUCCCCAUGCUCGACCCGCAGGCGCGCCUCGCCGUCGAGGUCGCGCUCAACGUCUACCGCGGCAUCCUCCGCAAGCUCGAGGAGAACGACUACGACAACUUCAGGAAGCGGGCCUACGUGUCCAAGCCGGAGAAGUUCCUCAUGCUCCCCCAGUCCUGGAUGAACGUCAAGGACAUGGCGCCCUAG